AUGCUGGAUUGCGUAUCUAAUGAAUUAUAUUCCUGGUUCCUCUUCAAGGACAAGACAAGACAAGCUUGGAAUAUUGAUUUUCACGAUUUCGUUCAUUCGGAAAGUUUACAAACGAGAACAAAAAUGUUUGCGAUUAACAAUGGGUUAAGAAAUACGCUUCGUUUGUCAGGCGUUAUUACCAGGACGGUCUCUAAUAGAAUCAUUUGCACACCACCCCAAGUAAAAAUAUCCACUGCUGAAGAAAUAUUUGCAUAUCUCUGCAUUGUUGGAUCAUUGUUGAUCUCACCCAUGUACAUGGUUCCUAAUUUCAAGAAUUAUGGAAAAAGAUCAUAAUGAGGAAGCUAAAUUAGCAAAAACACCUUGAAAAUUAGUUUUGAAAUUAGAUGUACUAAAGAUGUUAUUUAUAUAUCCUGUGGCAUACAUACAUUGAUAAACUUAUAGGAAGUAUGUCUGAAUUAUUAAUAAAUAUUAAAAAAAAUAA